AUGGCGUCAAUGCAGGUGAGAGGAGUUUGCGGCAUCCGAGCGACCGGCCGAGGAGGGGCUUGGGGAGUUCGGCAGAGGGCGGAGGUGACCGCGGGAGCUGCGGGCUACGACUUGGGCAGGGUCUGGAGUCACCGGGCCGACUCCACUUCUCGCCCCCGGCGACCACGGGGAAGGCGAGGGGCCGACCGGCCUGCCCUGGCUAUGUCCCCCUCCUUGUCCUCUUCCCCCUGUCCCGAAAGAAAACAGCUGUUUUCGCCGUCGGUUUCGCGACCGCCUAAAUGUUCAGACGAGAGUGAGAGUGAGGAUGUGGGAAUUGCUAUUGCUCUUUUGUAGAAACGACUGCAAAAAGAAUUAUUGGCUUUGCAAAAUGACCCUCCUCCAGGGAUGACUUUGAAUGAAAAGAGUGUUCAGAAUUCAAUUACACAGUGGAUUGUAGACAUGGAGGGUGCACCAGGUACUUUAUAUGAAGGGGAGAAAUUUCAACUUCUGUUUAAGUUUAGUAGUCGAUAUCCUUUUGACUCUCCUCAGGUCAUGUUUACUGGUGACAAUAUUCCUGUACAUCCUCAUGUUUAUAGCAAUGGUCAUAUCUGUUUAUCCAUUCUAACAGAAGAUUGGUCCCCAGCGCUCUCAGUGCAAUCAGUUUGUCUUAGCAUUAUUAGCAUGCUUUCCAGCUGCAAAGAAAAGAGGCGACCACCAGAUAAUUCUUUCUAUGUAAGAACAUGUAACAAGAAUCCAAAGAAAACAAAGUGGUGGUAUCAUGAUGAUACAUGUUGAUGCCACCAUUAUGGACCUCCUAAGCAGAAGAUAGCCCUACUGAGAAAAUGAGCACUUUGAUCAUUCAGUCUUUGAACUUUAACUUUUGACUGGAAGUGACCUAUAUAGGCAAUGAAGACUACUUCCUUUUUUCUGCAUUUUUACUCGUGUGCAUUCUGGGCACGUGUUGAUCGCUGGUUCAGUCCAGGCAACUGACAUGCUUUAUUAGACAUACAGUAUUAAUGCAGGUGUCAGGAAAUGUCAAAAUAAUUCCAUUUUUUUUAUUUUUAUUUUUUAAAGCUUUUGGAAAAUGUCCAGGGCCUCCAUGUAUUGUGCAAUAACAAUGACUUCUUGGCAGUUUUGAGACGUUCAUUGCUGGCAAUGGACAUCAUUAACAGGAAAGGUUUUACUCCUGCCACCAAAUGAUAAAUGCAUGAAAAGGGCCUAUGAAAUGAGCUUUAUCAGUUAUAAUGGGAUUAUAAGUAAAGUGAAGGAUCCAUCAUAACUUUGAAAGUCACCCCAACCAUUUAUAUUUGGAUUCUAUGCACUGUGAUCCUAAGGUUAGCAGCAUGAAUUAACAUGCGUGUCUGUAAAGGACUGUAAUGAAAGAUCAUUGCAUAUUUAUUGAAUUGUUUAUAUGCUGUCAAAUUGUUUUGACAUGAAAGGUUUUCAAGUAACAUUGGCAGAGAGGUACAAUAUGUUAUCCCUAUGGUGAAAAUAAAUACAUUUGUUGUAUAUAGUUACUCAAUCUCUGAAGUAAAGGUAUGAGUAAUAUAGGGUAUGAAUGGUUUAAUCAAGGCUUUAUUUUGGAAGUAAGAAAAAGUGGCAGCGAUCACUGAAUUGCUGCAGUCCAUGAUUGGGCUUAUAAUUUGUAUAUUAAAAGGUUUUUCCAAGUAGAUUACAUUCUCUUACUUCCUGCUAGCCAUCAGCAUGAGCCCUGCUGCCUUCACAAUAUUUCAUUUAAUUUAUAUGUUGAAGAAUCCAUAAACCAUUUUGUUUGCGGUCUCAUUUCUUUUGUUAUAUUGUAAGUCGAGUUUGAAUGUUGCAAUAUUUUAAUUGAAAAACUUUGUCAAAAUAUUUUCUUGUAAAUUUUCUUUAUCUGUAAGCAUCACCUUGUCUUUUAAUCCUGUACUAUAAAGAAAGAAAUACAUUUUUGACAGAGGCGUAAUGUUUUGACAAAAAAGUGUGGACAUUUUUAUUUAAGUUUAAACAGCUAGAGUAUAAGAUGAUAUAUUUUCUUGUCUGUCUCACACAGCUCUAGUUUUUCCUUUUUUUGUGGUGGUUCUUCAGAAGCCUUUGCAUUUAGGUGACUUUUCUAAAAAAAAGAAAAAAGUGUUGAAAGAUAGAUUCAGUUACUGUCACCAAUAUGUAACUUAAUGAUAUUGCAACUAGAUUCUCUUUUAAGAAAGCACUUGAUGUAUUUUAUAAACUACCUUUAACACUUAUGCAAAAUCAGUUUCUACUACAAUGUUUUUACUAAUGCCUUAUAGUUGCGCUCUGAAAAAAUAAAUCCUAUCGUGAAUACUUGCUUUAAUUUGGACUUUAAGAAAAAAAGGUAAUUGGCUAAAAGUAUUGAAAUGUUUAUCAAAAAAAACCUAAAUCUAGAAUUGGCAAAUGGUAUUCUAAAUACUGUUUUUAAUCUGUGUAUAGUAAUGACAUUUUGUAGCAUUGUACAUACUGUUAAUUGCAUAAAACCAUACACUUUUAAAAAGUGUAAUUGCUGAAC